ACAGACGCUCUCAGUCAACAUGGCUUCCUCCUACUCUUCCCGAAGCAGCUACAUGUCCUCCAGCGGCUCAGCCAUGCGCAUAUCCACGUCGAGUGGAGGAAGCAGACGGAUGAGCACCGUGAGGUCUGGCAGUGUGUACGGUGGUGCAGGAGGGUCAGGGGUCCGGAUCUCCAAAUCCUCUCUUUCCUCUCUAGGGGGUUUCAGCGCGUCGACAUCUGCAGACACCAGCUUCAUUGGCAAUGAGAAACACACCAUGCAGAGCCUCAAUGACCGUCUGGCCGCUUACCUGGUCAAGGUUCGCUCUCUGGAGAAGGCCAACGCGGACCUGGAGAUGAAGAUCCGUCAGUUCCUUGAUGGCAAAGCCUCUCCUAUUGCUCGUGAUUACACCUCCUACUUUGCCACCAUAAAGGAUCUUCAGGCUAAGAUCAUGGCAGCCAUUCAUUUGAAGGGUGGUGUCCAUCUCAGCAUUGACAACACCAGCCUGGCCAUUAAUGAUUUCAGAAUGAAAUAUGAAACCGAGCAUGUCAUGCGUCAGUCUGUGGAAGCAGACAUUGUCGGGCUGAGGAGGGUGCUUGAUGACUUCAACCUCAGCAGUAAAGACCUCACCGUGCAGAUCGAAGGGCUGAAGGAGGAGCUGGUCUUUUUGAAGAAGAACCAUCAGGAGGAUCUCUUGGCCGCACGCACACAAAUGAGCGGACAGGUUCACGUCGAGGUUGAUGCGCCUCCACAGGAAGAUCUCAGCAAGAUCCUGGCAGAACUCCGUGAGCAUUAUGAAUCCGUCACAGCGAAGAACCAAAGAGAUCUGGAGUACUGGUUCAAGACAAAGACAGAAACUCUGAAACAAGAAGUUGUCACCAGCACCACAGACUUAAAAACAACUCGCUCUGAAGUCAAUAUGGUCAAAUCCAGAAUGCAGUCAUUGGAAAUCGAACUCCAGUCCAUAUCAGCAGUGAAAGCAUCUUUGGAGGCCACAUUGUCUGAAACAAAGAAUCGUUAUUCCAUGAAGUUGUCAAGCUACCAACAUCAGGUCACCAUCCUGGAAGAGAAUAUGGUGCAGCUUCGUGCCGAUCUGGAGCGCCAGCGUUACGAGUAUCAGAUGCUCCUGGACAUCAAGACCAGACUGGAGAUGGAGAUCGCAGAGUACAGGAGACUGCUGGACGGAGAAACCACUGUCAAAACCACCUCCAGUUCCACCGCGAGGACUAAAAUCAUCACCGUUGUGGAAGAGGUUGUAGAUGGAAAAGUGGUUUCCAGCUCCACGUCUUCAACCAUAUCUGACGCUCGCGUAAUAACCAAAUAAAACAGUGUUUUGGCCAUU